CGUCAUCGGAUUCUAGAUUCGACCAGGGAAGAUCGCCAUCUUUGAAGACGACUAGUCGGAGGCAUUUUGUAGUAUCUUUGUUCAUCAUUUUUUCAUAAUUAAACUGAUACACCUUGCAUUUGAAUCCCAUAAUUGUAAAAGACAGAUGCGCCACUCAGAGCGAAUGCGCUCCCCAGGUGUCUGGCUCGAUGAGUACAGCUGGGAAGAGAGAAUGGAGUGUCGUAAACGAAAGAAACAAGAUUCGCACAGCAGCGAAAGAGAAAAUAAGUCCAGAAGAACUCACCAUCAACACAAGACCUAUGAGGGGCACUUCUUGGAAACCCGCAGUUUGAACCAGAGGCUGGACUCUCGGGAUCGAACCACCAAGGACCACCGUUUGGGCAUGGCCUGCGAGGACAGCCGUGAAGGCACCUGCAAGGACAGAGACCGUGACUGGCACCACUACAGCAAGUCAUCCGGGCGCAGUGGUCGGAGUGGUCGCAGCAGGCGAAGCAGCCAAAGGCACAGAGACAGAAGGCGCAGACGUAGCCACUCUCGCCACAGGUCCUCCUCGAGGAGGACCCAACAGCGCAGGAGCAGGAAAAGAUCCAGGAGUGUUGAGGAUGAUGAAGAGGGUCACCUCAUCUAUCACAGUGGAGACAUGCUGAGAGCGAGAUAUGAGAUUGUGUGUACUCUAGGAGAGGGUGCCUUUGGGAAGGUCGUCGAAUGCAUUGAUCACUCAAAUGAUGGAGCUCGAGUGGCUCUGAAGAUCAUUAAAAACAUAGGCCGCUACCGUGAGGCAGCUAUGUCUGAGGUAGAGGUGCUUGAACAGUUGAAGUCCCUCGACUCUGAUAAGCGAUAUGCUUGUGUACACAUACUGGACUGGUUUGACUACCACGGCCACAUUUGUAUUGCCUUUGAACUGCUUGGCCUCAGCACCUAUGAUUUCCUCAAGGAAAACAAUUUCCAGCCUUUCCCCAUAGAACACAUCAGGCACAUGGCGUACCAAAUCAUCCGGGCUGUGAGAUUUCUGCAUAACAACAAGCUGACUCACACGGAUCUGAAGCCUGAGAAUAUUCUCUUUGUUAGUUCAGACUAUGAGAUGGAGUACAACCCUGAAAUGAAACGGGAUGAACGGACAUUGAAGAACCCAGAUGUGAAAAUUGUGGACUUCGGUAACGCCACAUAUGAACAUGAGCACCACACCUCCGUGGUGUCGACGCGUCACUACCGUGCUCCCGAAGUCAUUUUAGAUCUGGGCUGGGACCAUUCCUGUGAUGUCUGGAGUGUAGGCUGCAUACUCAUUGAGUACUACCUUGGAUCUACGCUCUUCCAGACUCAUGACAGUAAAGAGCACCUUGCAAUGAUGGAGAGAGUCCUGGGCCCCAUCCCCACAAACCUUCUGCAGAAAACCAAGAAACGGCGGUAUGUUCACCGUUGCAAGCUUGACUGGGAUGUGCACAGCUCUUCUGGGAGAUAUGUCAAGAAACACUGCAAACCCUUAAAGAAUUACAUGCUGUCUAAGGGCGAAGACCACCACCAGCUGUUUGACCUGAUAGAGAAGAUGAUGGAGUAUGACCCAGCUAAGCGCCUCAGUCUGGAGCAGGCCCUCCAACAUCCCUUCUUCUCCUGCUUCUGCAAGAGCAGCAGCAGUAAAAGCCAAAGCAGCAGAGGCAGCAGCAGCAGAGGCGGCAGCAGCAGCAGCAGCAGCAGCAGCAAAAGAGACUGAACUCGUGAACCUGUAGCCUUGGCCAGGGCCUGACUGUCACCAUGACAUUUGUCAUGGUGCGCAGUGGCAGCCUCUACUUCCUGACUCUCCAGGAGAGGUGUACCUUAACUGACUGUAUCAGUCCACUGCCCUACCUUGCUGUGUCCUGUCCUAAGCCAGUGUGUUUCUUAGUCUCACUCAUCAACAAGUUGUGUUCUCAUCUCUGGCAUGUUUUGAUGUAAUGAAUCCCCCAGUUGAUUUCUAUUUAUUUGCCAUUGUAAUUUAAUUUGUCACUCCUAAGCAUAUACUGGUAGAGCUGUUUUUUUAUUCAUGAGUAUUCCGAAUGUGUCCCAUGUUCUUUCUCUGCAUUAUGAAGUGGGUGAUGGGUAAUGUUGAGAAUUGCUUUACCAUCCCAUCAGUCUCCAGUAAUUUAUUCAGCACUGUAGAUGAAUAAAAAAGCUGUUGCGGGCAGAACAUUUCUUGUAUAUAGAAUUUAAGUAAUUUCUUUUUUCACUGACUGGUUAUGCAACUUUUGCAGUAUCAUGUACAUUCUCAAUAAACGUGAAUAGACUACA